CUAAUUUAGCACUUUGAGUCUCCAUUGAUCUGCCAAUAUUUUUAUUUUUUUAACACCAUAGGAGUUUAUUGCCAUUAAAAUAGAGUAUAUGUAAGACUUAUUUCCAUGAAUUAACCAAAUUAUACAUGUUUAUACUUCAGGUGACAACAGAAUCAGAUUCGCCCCCCUCAACAUCAGUAGGAAGAGGAAGGGGAAGAGGAAGAGGUCGAGGUCAAGGAAGAGGUCGAGGCACCAGAAGAGGCAGGCGUGUGUUCCAUGCAAGGCAACUGGAGGAAAGAGAAGAGGAAAAUCUCCAACAGCUUCACUUGGAGUGUAGCCAAAAGGCCACUGAACUUAUUGAUCAACUUUCUGCGGAGGAAGCAAAAGAACUGUUGAAUGAAAUGAGUUCCAUCACCCCAUCAGUUGUCCUUGAGGUCAGUGAUAUACUGACAAGGAGGAGAAAUCAAGAAAUGGGUCCACCACCACAACCUUCACCUGACAGAGAAGUCCCAGGCUGGUGUGUUUGCAACAACUGCAUGCAGAUGAAUACAGCAAUAGAAAGGGUGUGCUGCGAAAUGAGACCAGAGCUGUGCAUCAGCCUGAGGCCUGAAAUGAAUCUGUUGAUACUUGAUCCGUUCACGCUUCAUCUUCAACAAAGAUUUAGAAAUGACAUUUUUGCUCGAGAGGCUCACACCCCCCAAGAUAUCAACAAAUCAUUGAGACACAGUGCAUAUAGGCAGUACAUUCUGUGGGUUCAUGGACGUCUCCAUCGAGAGGACAGGAGAGUUGUACCUUCCUGUUGUGUGAAGGCCAUACGAAGGCGGUUCCCUGAUCCCAAUGGCCAGUACAAGGGAUUUGUGCCUGCUUUUGGUGUAGGAUGGUGAACCAUGUCCAAGUGGAAAAAACUACUGUUACAUUUUUCUUUCACAUGUACAUUUUACGAAAUGUUACUGUUCACUUCGUUGUUUAUUUAUGAUGUAUGUCUAUGCAUAAAAGGCCUCUCAACUUAAUUUGUGUCUUUCUUCUUUAUCCGA